AUGCCUCGCUUUCGUUGGGACCGGCUCCCACGAGAUAUCCAGCUCAUCAUCCUGGAUCUGUUAGUGGCUGAGCGGUGGCUUGUUUUUAGAAAAUCCCCCAGCGACCAGCCCCCCCGCCAGCACCUAUCAACCUACGCAGCGGUCUGCAGAGAAUGGCAGGCAUUCUUCGAAAAGCCGAACUUCCGACGCUUGACGCUGCACCAGUCCGAUCUCCCCGAGCUCGAACGAAGUGUCCAAGGGCACCGCCAGCAGCACGUGCGGUGGGUGUGGUUGAGGUUCCAGAUCCCCCCUUACAGCUGCGUGGAUUGCCGCAAGCGUGAAACGCAAACUCAAGAUAGGAAUCAUGACCUCGAAUUCACCAGGGCCAUCUGGGCGCUAUUCAGAAUACUGCGCUCCUGGAAACAGGAUGCAACGGCACCCAAGAACAUGUUCAUAUUGGAGCUGAGUGCUCACUCACCCGGUGAUGGGGCGCACUACUUCAAGGAGCUGAGCGACCGAGCCGACGACGCUGCCCACUUGAAUAUGAGAGGCCGAGUAAAGCAUCCGAACGACCGAAGACACCAUUGGAGGCGACACCGGUGGAACCGCCAGCCCGAGAUGGCCGCCAGGCACAGAGUGUUUGGGUCAAAGCUGGGAUUGCGGUUUGACAUGCGGGCAGCGUGCGUGAAAAAGGGCACAGACCUUGCCAAGGUCCCGUUCGUGAGCCAUCUGAUCAUCCGUAGGCAAUUCCAUCGGGCAUUCUCGGCGAAGGCGCUGUUGGUCAUUGCCGACCAUCUGCCUCGACUCGAGCUCUUCCAGUAUGAGCCCUGGCGCGGUCUGGAUGAUGGGGAGCACCAGCAGAUGCGCGACAGAGAUCACGGUAUGCUGCUUUCUCGAGCGGCGAAGCACUCGUCUUCCUUGGCCGCGUUGAGCAUCUUCGAAGAUUUUACGAGUCACAUGCACUCUGGUGGCAUGCGAUUCGGGCAUCCAGUCCUCGCACAGCUUGCUUUGAGGGCAAGCUACGGCCUUCAGCGGAUGUGCCUGUCAUUUCUCGUCGACGCCAAGGACUUCUUCCGAGACUCCUGGCCCGGGAACGAAGACCUGCAGGAGGCAAACCAACCCGAGUGGACGAACCUCGAAUACCUGGCACUCACGUCUCAUGCGCUGAACCCUCUCGAGAUCGACAACCUGGCCGUGGCCGCCGCAAAAGCAGCAAGGAGGAUGCCCAAGCUGUCCGUCAUGGAAAUCUGGACCUGCGGGCCAGGCUACGCUUGUAUCUUUCGCUACUCCUUCCAGAAAGACGACCGCCCAGACCUGCGUUUGUCAAGCACCUGGGGCUGCUCCUUACAAAAGGCUACAGCCGUCGCAUGGCAACAUGUGGCACAGGACCGCGGGUGGAACGAGUCGCGAACCAAGGAAGUUCUGUUGGACCAUCGUUAUACGUCCCACGGUCAGAUUAUUCACCUUCUCGAUCUGCAAAGCACCAUAAUCGACAAUAUUUCCUGGCGGCAACUGGGCCGGGAGUCGCGCUGGUACCCAUAG